CGUAUUGGUCGGUGGUUCAUACAGUAAAAUUUGAUUAUUGGGUCUUUUUACUCUUUGACGAUGUUUAAUUAGUAAUACUAAAGGUAGAUUAGUGCUUGUACAUUACAUUUAUUUUAUCAUUUUAUCAGUAUUUGGUGUAACUUCGAAGUGUAUCACCAAGUGUUAUCUAUUUACGAAUAUAAUCCGUAUUUGAAUAAACGUUAUCAUUGUGUAAUAUCGUGAUUAUGUAUUGUCAAGAAAAUUGAUUGAGCCCAAAGUUGUGAUAAGAAAAUUAAUAUUCAGUAGUUUUUACAAUCGUCUUUCGCCAUGAGUGAGCGUCCGCAGCCUUUAAAGGCCGUCAACCGGCUGUUUGAGGGGAAGGAGCCAUGGCAAAUAGUGACGAUGACAGCAUCUUCAGUGCUAGCUAUAGUAUGGGCCCACAGUCUGUACAAUGCACAAGAAAGUGUUACAACAAGAAUGCGAAAAGAAUUCUUCAGAUGGCUGCGUCACAUUCCCAUCGUCAGGAGGAAGAUUGAGGAGAAAAUGUCUCAAAUAAAAGGUGACUUCAAGAAGGAUGUCACCAAGAGGCUAGCAGGAGUCACUGUUAGACGUGUGCUGCCUGACGCUGGGCUCAAUGCUGAACAGGUCAUGGAGGAAGUCAAAGAUCAUGUCAAUUUGGGUUCCUAUGACUGGAAAGGCGGGAGCGUAUCUGGCGCAGUGUACCACGUCAGCGAAGAAAUCAGCAAGGUGGCGUGCGAGGCGUACUCGCUCACCGCCUACACCAACCCGCUGCACGCCGACGUGUUCCCAGGGAUCAACAAAAUGGAGGCCGAGGUCGUCAGGAUGGCCAUCAACCUGUUCCAUGGAGAUGAUGAUUGCUGUGGCACGGUCACAACAGGUGGUACAGAAUCCAUCAUUAUGGCCUGCAAAGCCUUCAGGGACCUCGCUUACAGCAAAGGCAUUUCCAACCCUCAAAUCAUAGUGCCAUCCACCGUCCACUCUGCCUUCGACAAGGCCGCUCAGUACCUUGGUCUGUCAGUCAAGACUAUCCCGGUUAACCAGGACACAAUGACCGUGGAUGUCGAGAAGGUUAAGAAGGCUAUCGGAAGAAGGACUUGUUUGAUCGUAGGCUCAGCCCCCAACUACCCAUACGGUACUAUGGACGAUAUUAUCGCCCUGUCUGACGUGGCCGUCGAGUACGACGUCCCUCUCCACGUGGACGCGUGUCUGGGAGGCUUCGUGGCCGCCUUCAUGCCCGACGCUGGGCAUCCCGUACCCGUGUUCGACUUUCGCCUACCCGGAGUUGCUAGUAUAUCUGCUGAUACGCAUAAGUACGGCUUCGCACCUAAGGGCACAUCAGUGGUUCUGUACAGGAAGGAAGAGUACAGACAUCAUCAGUACACAGUCACUACCGAGUGGCCCGGCGGUGUGUACGGGUCACCCACUGUCAACGGCAGUCGCGCUGGCGGCCUGAUAGCUGCGUGCUGGGCGACCAUGAUGUUCGUAGGAAAGUCUCGCUACGUGCAGAUGACUGACGAGAUUGUUACCACCGCCAGAUACAUAGAAACUGAAAUACGCAAAAUCCCUGGUCUCUUUGUGUUCGGCAAGCCCUCGACGACGGUGAUAGCGUUCGGGUCCAAACAGUACGAUAUCUUCAAGCUGGCCGAGUUGCUGCAUAAGCAGGGGUGGAGUCUGAACGCACUGCAGUUCCCAUCUGGCGUGCACAUGUGCGUGACCCACGCGCACACGCAGGCGGGCGUGGCCGACAGGUUCCUGCGCGACGCGCGCGACGCCGCCGCGCUCUGCGCCCGCGCCGGGGGCAAGCCCGCCGACGGGAAGAUGGCGAUAUACGGCGUUGCUCAAGAGAUCCCAGACAGGAGUCUUGUUUCGGACAUCACUAAAUAUUUCAUUGACUCUAUGUAUUAUUUACCCACUGAAGGAGAUUAAACUUACGAGCCUACUUAAUGCUACGUAAUAUGAUAUUCAAAACAAGUCUUAGAGCAGACAGUAUUACCUAAUUAGCAAAGACAAUGCAAUAGCGAAAAUUUUGUAAUAUUGAUCUUAAGACCCUUUCGCUAACUGAUCGUUGUUUCAUUGUUUUUGCCAGGUAAUACUGUCGCUCCCUUGGUUAAUCUAUAUUAUAUAGAGUAAAUAUUACAAAUGCUAAUUCGUAAGUGAACACUGACGUGUCUGUCACUAUGAUAUUAAAAAAGUAAUGUAACUUAGGUGUCAAAUCAUGUUUAAAAUGUCUAGAAUGAUAUGUUUCUUAUUACUAUUGAAUUUAAAAACCAAAUAACAGUAUAAAUUAAACGAGAACAAAAAUAUUCUUAUUAUUAUAUUCAAGUAUCACUGUUUUACCGACAGAGUACAAAACAGUCACACAAAAUCAAUUAUCCAAAUACCCUCCUAUCGCAUUUAUGACAGUACAA